CGACUUCGCUCUUUCGACUUUCAACUUUCGACUUUCAACUUUCGACUUUCGACUCUCAAACAUUGGAUUCUUUGGAACUUCCAAAACUUAUCGUACACGGCCCGUCACCAUCUCCUUACAUUAUCGCAUAUAUUCGAAUCCACAUCUACCAGCUCCAGACCCAACAUUUUACGAGAACUUUGACUGCGCCUCCUCCUCAUUCACUAACAUCUCUCAAACGUUUGAUGUUCCCUUGAUCACCUCUACUGCAGCCACAACGUCUUCGCUACUGUGAAUCAACAAUACAAUACCAACAAAGGAUCGCACAUUGAUUACAAAAUACAACACAAGAUUUCUGGAAAUUAUCUACAAACUCAUGGGAAGGAUAGAACAAUUUGGACAUAGGAAGUCAUCCACCAACCGGCGAUAUGGCUAGCAGACCCAAUUUCAUUGACCUCCGGUCACAAUCGUAUGGGGCAAUGGGUAGUAGCAGUAAUGGGUUACCAUCCCCGUCACUGCGCUCAUUACCUUCUCCCCGUUUACACGUAGCUGGAGAUAUUCCACCCGAACUUUCACCCUUGGAUGCAUUCGCGGCGCAAAGUCGACUCUUGGCCAGACAGUUGAACGAAAGUACGAAUGGAGGAAAGCGCAUAAGUCGUCUGCCACCACUGACAAUCGCGAACUCUCUCGGCCAAUCUCGACUCGGAAGUUUACGAUCUGCCUCUGCCGAAAGACUUGCAGAUUCUCCUCUGGCCCAAUUGUCUCCUACAGAAUCACCUGCUUCUGCUGGCCCGGGACAACAAUUAACAGAGGUCGAGGCACCCAUGUUUAGGCCAAUUUCGGUGCAUCCUGAGGUGGGAAAGAUUCCAGAUACUCCAGCAUUCGAUGUAAUUCCAGAGAAGGAAGAAGGAUUUCGAGGCAGAAGACCGCCCCCAAGUCCGACUCCGAAGGAACCACAGAGCAUGUUUGGAGCUAGGAGGGAUCUUUCGCCAGCGCCCAUGGAUCAAGAUCCUCGUCAACUUCAACACAGACCUGGAAGGUCACCAUCUGAUGCCCCGUAUCGGGGACGUUUGUCUCCGCAGCCAUCUCGUUCGCCUUCAGCUCCACAUCAGGGGCGUAACAAUCUUAGACCAGAGCGUUCUCCUUCUGCUCCCCAAAAUGGGCCUGGAAGAUCACCUAGACCGGGUCGUUCACCAUCUGGCCCUCACAAUGAUCGAGCACUUAGGCCUGAACGUUCGCCCUCUGCUCCUCAGCAACGUAUGGGUAGGCCAGGUCGAUCUCCUUCAGACGGUCCAUAUAGAGGGCCACGUUCACCCAGACCCGGCCGAUCUCCCUCCGAUGCCCCAUCUCGACCUAGCCAAGAAUCGAUGCGCCAGCGAGCACUUAGAGGCCCCGACGGCUCGUUAGCUGUAGGCGGUUAUGGUCCAAGAGCUUUGGCACCACCACGAGCACCAUUCGCGCAAAGAGCUCCUAGUUCCAGAUCUAUGUCAAUGGAGAGCUCAGAUGAUGACCACUCACUAUCCCACGACUCUCCUCAACGCAAACUAUCUUCAACAAGUGCCAUGUCGAGUACACCAAACUCACCUUCUUUCAACUCCUCAGUACCACGAUCUCCAUCUGUGAGCUCCGACUAUUCUGUAGACCAUACACACCUACCCAGACCUGCAUUCAACUUCUCUCGGCCAAUUAGUAGAUCUAGUAAUCACCCAAUGGAAGACAAACCAACAAUACCUUCCCGACAGGCAUCUUCUGACAGCCAGCCCUCAUUUAUUCUUACGGACGAUACUGCUCAUACUCCUGUGAGUAUGCAUAGUGAAGGAUUUCCGGAUCACAACCUUCUUAGUGAGGGAGCUGCACCAUCUUAUGUAUACUCGACGUUUAAUUUACCUAGAGGCAAGAUGUUACAAAGAAAUUCGGCAAUUUUUCAAGAAGGUCAACCACAAGCUCAAUUCGUCUUUGAGCAACAACCCCCUGCAUUCCUGGGCAAUAAUCAACCGAUUGAAGGUGGACCUCCGCCAUCACCUCCAUCUCGACCAUCGACUUCUUCCAGACCGGAUAUCUCACAGUUACGUCCUUCCCUAGAGCAAGGCUCGGAACCCACAACAUUGGCCGAGAGAGGAAGAAGUUUAACAGAUCCUAGUCAUCUUCCAUCACCAUUCGACGCACCCCCUACCUUACAUAAAGAUAAAGCGCACAAGGACAACCGCGCACCAUCAAUUGCCUCUUCAAAUACUACAAUAAAAGCUCGAUCGCAACAUUCACUGGCUCCAUCGGCUGAAAUGUCUGGAGAAGAACAUGUUGCGAAAGCUAUCGAGUAUCAUGAAGCUGGUUCUCUUACCAAAUCGACCUAUCAUCUACGUCUUGCAGCCAGGCAGAAUCACCCUACGGGUAUGCUUCUCUAUGCACUCGCUUGUAGACAUGGUUGGGGUAUGCGACCUAAUCAGAGAGAAGGUGUAGCUUGGUUGAGAAAAGCUGCGGAUUCGGCUAGCCUUGAGGUUGCUGAUGAUGAGGAUACGGCAAAGGAUGGAAAAGCCGUCGAUGUUUUGGAAAGGAAAACUAGAAAGGCCCAAUUUGCGCUGAGUAUUUAUGAAUUGGGAGUCAGUCAUAUGAAUGGUUGGGGUAUUGAACAGGACAAAGUCCUCGCUUUGAGAUGCUUUGAGAUUGCUGGAUCUUGGGGUGAUGGCGAUGCUUUAGCUGAGGCGGGAUUUUGUUACGCGCAGGGAGUGGGGUGUAAAAAGGACCUUAAGAAGAGUGCCAAAUUUUAUCGGGCAGCGGAAAGUAAGGGGAUUAGUAUGAUUGGGAAUAGUUGGAUCUACAAAUCCAAAUACAAUGAUGAUGGAAAGGACGAUGUCAGUGGUUCGCCAAAUGGAAAAAAGGGUGGAAAGGAGGGUCAUAAGAGACAUAUUUUCGGGAGGACUAAGUGAGAUUCAUGGAAAGAUAUGAAGUGCUAGUGGAGCUUGGUAUGGAUACUGUUGAUAUUUAGGGAAAGGCUUCCAUGGAGGCAAGAUAAAUAUUUGAGGGGUUUUCUUUGAGUUUUUUUUUUUCUUCUUUCUUCUUCUUCUUCUUCUUCUUCUUCUUCAUCUUCUUCAUCUUCUUUUAAGCAUUUCUUGUGUCUGUCUUUUUUUCUGCUUCUUCACGGCGGAGAAAAGUGAAAAUACCUAGGGAAAAGGGGACUGUUGGUACAUUAAUGAUUCUGCUUUACUCGUUCGUGUUUCGUUUCAUGUAAGGCGUUUGUUGCACAUACCACUUCUAGUAGUCUGAUUCAUUAUAUGGGCGGGCUAGGCGUUCAGGUUAGGUUUGGGAUUCCUCUCAAUGGAUGGUUUGAAAGGAGGAAAAUUUGAAAAUAGGAGGGGGCUGGAGGGAUCGCUGGAUAGAGUGGAUGGGGUGAAGGGGGGUCGGUGGAGUGG